GCAGGGAGUUACUGUAGAGAGCAGCGGUGUGCGUGUGUGUAUCAGGGGUCCUGGGUGCGUCCUGCCAACCAGCCACUUCAGCGCUCAGUAUCCGGCGGAGCGCGGCCGCGGAUCCUUUUGGCGACGCCCCGGCCGCUAAGGGGGAGAAAAAAUAAAAAAUAAAAAAAAUAGGAAAAAGGGGAAAAAUACCGAUAUUGAUAAACAAAACAAAAAAAAUCUAUAUAAGACUUGGAACAUUCUUCGUGAUGGCACCUCCUCACUCCACCUUCGUCGUCUCUUCAGAGGAUUCUCAGGUGGAGGAGCGCGGUGGUGCCUGAGAGAGAGCGUCACUUGGCACCGGCGUCCCCCCUCCCCCCAUGAGGAGGACACUCGCAGGCCGAGCAUUGCCAACCCGGGCCACCGCUUCGCAGGACGACCGAUUCCCAACGAGCACGCCUCGGUUCCCUCUGGCCCGGGCAUGACAGUAACCCUUCCUCCACCUCACUCUGACCUCCUGUCUGCUGCUGCUGCUGCUGCUGCUGCCGCCACCGCCGCCGCCGCUGCUGUUGCUGUGUUGCUGCUGCUGCCGCCGCUGCACCGAGGAUCAUCUGUGCGCUGGAGACGACGCCAACGCUAUCAUCGCUGCUUCUGUCACCUACGCCUCUCGCAGGGUCUGGCGAAGGAGACAUGUGGGCGACGCUCCUGGCGAAGGAGGUGCGACUAUCGUCAUCGUCAUCAUCAUCAUCGCCAUCCUCUUCGACAGAAAGGCCAGCGUCUUCUUGUUCCCCUCCCUCUCUCCCUCGUCGUCUUCGUCGUCGUCCUUCGCAGUCUCCACCGUCGUCUUCUUCUUCUUCUUCUUCUUCUUCUUCGGUGUCCGCUGGGCGGCCAGCUUGGAGGUAAAGUAGGUGGUCGUGCUAGACUGGUGUGGGCCAGCCAGCGAAGGGAAGAAGAAGGGUUAGCGGACGAUCUACUGGUAUGCAGGCGUGUGGGGCCACCAUACGCGUCUUGACUCCUACGUUUCAUCCGCCUUGGACGGAUAUCGGUGUUUACGUCCGCAACCACACGUAGCGGUCCCCGCCCGGCCCUCAUCUCACUUCUAUAUCUACGACAACACCACCACCACCUCCACCACCUCUCUCCCACCAAUACGACUGACUACCAUCCCCCUACAACAACAACAACAAAAGCAACCAAAAAACAACAACAAUAACAACAGCGGGAUUUCACAAGAAGAGAAGUCGACGGCCGGUGAGGAGCAACGUUAGUUGAGCUACUCACUGCACCACUAGAUUCGGUUCUCUCUCUCGCCUACCUUGGUUAUUAGCGUUAAUACCGAUAAAUAUAACCUCAUUGUUCAGUGACUCGUCUAUAUAUGCACAUGGAAUAAUAUUAUUAAUACUAAUAAUAAUAAUAAUAAACUGUCAUUGCUUAUCUAGCUUAGUUUUUGCCUGUGGAAAAGGAAAAAUACGAGAUCAGUCAGUGUACAACUUCGUUCAUGUGCCCGUCGUAUAAUAAUAACAAUAAUAAUUCCAAUAAUAUUACCACUACUUAUAGUAGUAAUAAUAAUAAUAAUUAUUAUUAUUAAUCGUAGGUGGGAAAUCAAUUGUCGGUAUACUUUUCGUUUUCAGUUGGAACUCUUCUCCUCUCUGGCCAGAGUGCGGUUGAUCCAGAAGGCUCCAGGAAAUAAAUAAAUGAUAAAUAAUUCAGUGGCCCUGUGUGAUCACAGACGAAAGUUCUUGAUAACAUCGCAUCUGUUGUUUUGCGUCCUUUCGUCUCCAAUCGUUGUUGACGUUUGAAAUAUAAUUGAAAUAUAAAAAAAGGGAAGAAAAAGAGCACUAGUAUUAGUUGCAACAGGAUCAGCGGCCCUUCCCGCCACGCAGAAAAUUGAUCGAGUGUAAACAGCUCCACUUUUAUAAUAAAAAAAAUAAGGGAGCAUCUGAAAAAAAAAAGCAGAGAAUAAAGUGAGCUUCAUCAUACACACACACACACACAAGAAAAUCUGAGAGAGCUCCAUAAAAGGAGAAGAAGCAAAGAAAAGCUAAAAGUUCGACAACAUAAUAUAUAUAUAAAAAAUAUUUUUUCGAACACUCUAAGGUUCCGCUGACCCUUGGGUUCGAAAGUACAUGCUGAAGAGCUGACUACUUUGUGACUAUUGCUACUCCUUCUGCUCCAGCUCCAGCUCUAGCUCCUCCUCCUCCUCCUCCUCCUACUCCUCCAACAGCUACCACUACUCGUGCUGCUGUUAAGGACGGCGCUAUUCGGGUAGCCGCCACAGAUAGCGCAACCUACUACCCCCUGUCAGUCUGCUCUAGGUGGAAUGAGGUGAUGGUGGGGGCGGCUGGGGUACUGGUGGUGGCGGCCACGUUAGGAGCCGUCCUCUGUUCGCCGGCCAAAGUAGAGGCAACACCGCAGCUCUUCAACAUCGGGGGCAUCCUGUCGGACACCCAGUCGGACAACCACUUCAAGGACACCAUAUCGCAGCAUAUCAACGAGAACAGGACCUUUGUGGACCCUGACACGACCCUCAUGGACGUCACUAUGCUCAUGGAUUCCAACCCUAUCCGCACGGCCCUUGAAGUCUGCACGCAGCUAGUCUCCAGAUCGGUGUACGCGGUGAUCGUAUCUCACCCUCUGAAUGGGGACCUCUCUCCGGCAGCUGUCUCCUACACCAGCGGUUUCUACCACAUCCCAGUCAUCGGCAUAUCUUCCAGGGACUCCGCCUUUUCUGAUAAGAACAUCCACGUUUCGUUCCUGCGCACCGUCCCGCCCUACAGCCACCAAGCGGACGUGUGGGUGGAGUUGCUCAAGACCUUCCAGUACACGCAGGUGGUUUUCGUACACUCUUCGGACACGGACGGGCGUGCCCUCCUCACCCGCUUCCAGAACCAGGCGCAGAGCCACGAGGACGAUAAGGAUAUCAAGAUGGAGAACGUGAUAGAGUUCGAACCUGGCUUAAAUUCUUUCGUGGAUAAACUGAAGGAGAUGAGGGAAGCAUCUGCAAGGGUCUUUCUAUUGUACGCCAACAAAAACGACGCCCGCACCAUCUUCCACGACGCCAGCUACAUGAACAUGACGGGGAGAGGCUACGUCUGGGUGGUGACUGAACAAGCCCUCAGCGCCGAAUACGUUCCAGCGGGCACUAUUGGGCUCAAGCUCGUCAACGCCUCCGACGAGGACGCUCACAUCACCGACAGCUUGUACAUCUUGGCCCUUGCGCUCAAGAAGUUGCGGGAGGAGCAGAACAUGACGGAGCCCCCGCCCCAGAACUGCGACAACACCGGGUCCACUUGGGAGACGGGCAAGAAGCUCUUCCAGUACAUCUUGGAGCAGGUGCUGAAGGACGGCCUAACAGGCAAGGUGGCCUUCGACGAGAACGGCGACAGGAUCAACGCGGAGUACGACGUCAUCAACAUUCAGGAGCGCGCCGAGGCGGACGGGCUGAAGAAAAGACACGUGAAAGUGGGGCAGUUUAUCUACAAUAAGCCGGCAGAACGGCAUAGGUCGGGGGGCAAGUCGGGGGGGAUGAAGACUUCUGGUGGUGAAUCUGACUCCCAGUCGCCGCAGACGGAGGAGGACAUGACGCUCAGGAUCGACGAGACCGCCAUCGUAUGGCCGGGCAACACCACCGUCAAGCCUCAAGGAUACAUGAUACCUACCAGAUUAAAGGUCCUGACGAUAGAGGAGAAGCCCUUCGUAAACACUCAGAAGAUCGAGAGCAAGGCCGAGUGCCUGGGAGGAGGCCGCGUCCUGUGCCCUUGGUACAACACCUCUGGGGACAACUCAGAUCUCUACUGCUGCACGGGAUACUGUAUAGACAUGCUCAAUGAAUUAGCCACUAGGAUUAACUUCACCUUCGAGCUGGCGCUCUCCCCCGAUGGCGAAUUUGGGUCUCUGCAGAUGAAGCCUUCUGGCAAAAAGGAAUGGACCGGCUUGAUAGGAGAGCUCGUGAAUCAGACCCACGGAGCCGACAUGAUCGUGGCUCCCUUGACGAUCAACCCCGAGAGGGCGCAGGUCAUCGAAUUCUCCAAACCUUUCAAAUACCAAGGCAUCACCAUCUUGGAAAAGAAGCAACCGAGAUACUCGACGCUGGUGUCCUUCUUGCAACCGUUCCGAGACACCCUGUGGAUCCUGGUGAUGGUGUCCGUGCACGUGGUGGCCCUCGUCCUGUACCUCCUCGACAGGUUCAGUCCCUUCGGCAGGUACAAGUUAGCCAACACUGACGGCACGGAGGAGGACGCCCUCAACCUCUCGUCGGCUAUAUGGUUUGCUUGGGGAGUUCUGCUCAACAGUGGUAUUGGUGAAGGUACCCCAAGGAGCUUCAGCGCGCGAGUGCUGGGUAUGGUAUGGGCAGGUUUCGCUAUGAUCAUAGUCGCCUCGUACACUGCCAACCUGGCUGCCUUCCUCGUGUUAGACCGUCCUCAGACUUCACUCACAGGCAUCAACGAUCCUAGGUUACGGAACCCGAUGGAAAACUUCACGUACGCCACCGUCAGAGGGUCAUCCGUCGAUAUGUACUUCCGGCGUCAAGUAGAGCUCAGCAAUAUGUACAGGACUAUGGAAGGAAACAACUAUCCAACGGCUGAGGCAGCCAUAGAAGCACUCAAGGCUGGGAAAUUAAAAGCCUUCAUAUGGGACAGUUCGAGGCUGGAGUACGAAGCAGCCAAAGACUGUGAACUGGUGACUGCUGGCGAGCUCUUUGGUCGCUCUGGGUAUGGCAUCGGUCUAAGGAAAAACUCCCCUUGGGCGGACAGGGUUACCCUGACCAUUUUAGAAUUCCACGAGAGCGGCUAUAUGGAGGAGCUGGACAACAAGUGGAUUCUGCAAAACCAGGAGGAUGAUUGUAAUACGGAAGACAAGGCCCCUGCAACCCUGGGUCUGAAGAACAUGGCUGGCGUGUUCAUAUUAGUAGCGGCAGGCAUUGUAGGUGGGAUAGGCCUCAUCAUCAUUGAAAUCAUCUACAAGAAGCAUCAGCUCCGUAAACAGAAGCGCCUUGAAAUAGCACGACACGCAGCUGACAAGUGGAGAGGAGCCAUUGAGAAACGCAAGACUCUUCGAGCCUCUAUGAUGAUGCAGAGAAGACUCAAAGCGAACGGUGUGAACGAACCUUCGGUGAUCUGUGUUAAUGUAGAAGGCGAAGCAACUACUGCCUCUUGUGCUGCUACUGUUGGAACUGCUGCGGCAGCAGUGGGUGUGGGUGGUGGUGGGGUAGCGGGUAGCCUGGUAGGUGGUGGUUUACCUGGAGGAGGAGGCACAGCUGGUGGCAGUUUAGGCGCCGGUGCCUCUUCAGUCGGAGCCACCGGCAUCGCAACCGCUGACUUGCCGCGCAUGCUACCCCCACCCCCUCCGGCUCCCCCGGCACCACCUUCACCACCAGGUCUUCCUCCAGACGUGCCCCCAGCUCCUCCAGCUCCUCGAUGGGGCAAUGACAUUAGGCAACGUCACAUUACGGCUUCUGAGGAGGGCCUGCCUCCCCCUCCACCCCCACCUGCUGGUGUGGACACCAUGCGCCUACACGCUUCUUACAAGAAUCUGUUCGGACCGGAUCCACCUGAUCUGGUGGUAUGAGACCGCCUUCGCCGCUGCCAUCUGCUCUAAAAAGCCUCUGUAUCAGAGGUAGCCGAGCCCUCUGGGGCGAGUGGCUACCCUGGCGGGGAUCCCUUCACCAAUGCCCUCAUCAUCAUCAUAAUCAUCAUCAUCAUCAUUACGUCCACUGGGCAAUGCCCCGGGCCAAAAGCCGCCCCCCAGUGUCCUUUAGGCUGACAGAGACACACCACCGCCCUGUGCCACCGGCGGCGGCGGCGGCGUCAGGGUCUGGAGAUCUGCAAGGGCUGGGGGCCAGGCGAUGAAAUACGCUUCUCUCACUCGUCACCAACACCUGUAUAAACCACUGGACCUUUGUAGCAAUGUUAUCAGUGGGUUCCAAAACCUUAACCACCCUUACUUAUUAUUGCAGUAUUGCAGAAACCAUUUAGUUGGAUGCGGAUAUAUUUAUGUUAGGCUCAUGACCCUCCUUAGCGGAACUGAGUUGAAUCGGGGAUUCUCAACACGAACUUGACACCGGAAGUGGAGAAAGGUUUCGAAAGUGUCAGAAGGAGGAGGAAAUCAGGAGGAAUGAACUGGAGAGAGGAAGAAAAAUUAAAUCCUAAGAAAAUAAAGUAAUAAAAUGGGACUAUUAACACAUGUCAGAAACACCACGGACAGACAUCUUUUUUCAUAUUUUCUUUCGUCAAAUCACGAUGAUUAAUGAAAGCGACGAUAGAAUGACGAGAUGGAAUGAAAGAAAAAGUAAUAACAUAUUCUCAUAGUUUUAGGUGAAAGUCUAAACGUGUGCAACAUCCAGUGAUAUUCAUCAGCUGUAUUUCCUUCACUUUCGAUGCCGAAAUCAAAGCACCGAGCAGAAAUAUCAUAAUAAAGAUAACAAAAGAGAGGAAAAAAGUUUUGUUGUUAGGUCUAUGGUAUUUGAGUAAGAGAUGGCCGCAUGUAUCCGGCAAUUUCAGUGAAGUGAAGACUACUGAGUCUAGAAGACGUGUGUCGUUUCCUCUCGCAUUCUGGCAGGGGAGGGAGGCUGGGUGUUAUCCGUUAUUCAUUUGUUUAUCCAGAUGAGGGGAAAGCAGUAGUCUCAUUUUCCUCUGCCUCCUCCUCCUCCUCCUCUUCCCCGUCCCCGACACCACCAUUAUACCACCACCAAUACCACCUUUUUGUUAGCCCAUGUGUGGCGGCGAUUAACUGUCUGGAAUCUACAUUGUUGAUGAUACGCUUAUUCACGUUGUGUGUUGUGACCAAUGGACGCAGUUUGGGCCGUGAGACGGUGCCGUGGUUUCUCCCCCAAAAUCCGUGGGAGUCUCAGACGCCCACAAGUGCUGUGCCAACGUGUUCCAAGGUUAUGUAAAUGUAAAAAAAAAAUAAUAAUGUAAACAAACUCAUUUGUAUUAUAAGAGGCUGAAUAUUUAAACAAAAAAUACAUGAGUAUCCCAACCACUUUUAUUAAAAACAGAUGAAACGUUAUGCAGUGAAGAACCACUCAGUCAUUUUGGUUUGUAUUACUACUUGUAACUCGCAGAAUCGAUAACGUUACUUAGCAGAAGAAGCGAAGUCGUGGAAGGUAUUUUGAUUGUUCAGUUCGACUACGAGUCUAAUUUCCAUUAUGCUUUUAUAACUGGCCUCUUUGUGAGUGUGUUUAUACAUACAUAUAUCUGUAUGUAUGUACAUAUGUAUAUAUUUGAACAUAUGUAUGUAAAUACACAUGUGCAUUUGACAGGUCAAAGUGCAUAAGAACAGCAAGACUAAAAAAAAAAAGAAAGAAACCAACAGAAAAUAAAUACGCCAGAUAUGGAUUUUUGUAACACAAAGAAAUGAAAAUACUCAAGCAACUGGCAGUGCGCGGAUUAGCAUAUAAAAGUGCCACAACGACGGAUCUUUCUCUGCCACAGGAUGUAAAGCUGCACAAGGAGAAUUCAGUAAAACAAGAAGAAGAAGAAGAAGAAGAAAUAACAAGAAGCUGAAGAAGAAGAAGAAGAAGAGAAUAGCCUUAUGAAGCAGCUCAUUCGUGGUUGGAAUGACCAGUUUUGUGGUGUUAGUAAAACGUGUUUAGAUGUGCGCGCAAGAGUGUACGUGUGUGUAUGUGUGUGCGCAUGCGCGUAUGCUAUAAGGAACCAGAAUGGAGCUAUAUUUGCGUUAGGUCAUAAUAUCCCACCGAAUCCAACCAGGUUUUGUUGCCGGGCAAAGCGUUAUCAUCGUCGUUGUUCUUUUGUUAGUUCUCGUAUUCGUCAUCGUCAGCUCAAGAAGAAACUCGUAGCAAUUUUAUUGAGAAUUUUGGAUGUUUUUAUAUGGCGGUGUUUAUCGCCCUUCGCCCUUUCCUCCCCCCCCCCCCCCUCCCCUUUCCUCAUGUGAUAAUGUCACGUGAUCAUGUCCUCUGUUGUGUCACUGUUAUAAUAUUUUCCCCAGUCCCUGAAAUCAACUCUUGACGUUACCGUCGUUUUUUCACUUGUAGUUAUCGAUGUCUGUUUCGGUGCAGAUUAAGCAGCUAGUGAAGAUACGUUUCAAAGAUUGUGGUUUUACUUUAUUAUAUGGUUGCCAAUUUGCCAUUUUGACCCCCUCUUGUUAUUACAGGUGUGUUUUAACAACAGUCGAUCGGAGGGAGAUUCAGAGGUGUCCUGAUGGUCUAUGUCCUCACCCGUCCCCUUUUUCCUCACCCUUUCUGGCUAUAGACAUUACCGACUCGGUGUCCUGAGAAUCUCUUAAAUCACAUACACAUCACUUCUAUCACUUCCCUAUUAUGAAAUGUCUCUCAUUCACAUCCACGUCAAGGCAAUGACUGAUUUAUAUAUUAUAUAAUAAAUAAAAAGCUGUUGUUUGCAUUGACCUCUUACUGUGGCUGGUGGAGGUAGUGCAUGACGCUGAGAGAAGGAGAUCAUUAAACUUACUUACUCUCAUAUUGCAAAGUCAUUGCUGGAGUUCAGUACACAACUCAGAAAUACGUCCUAAGCCGUAGUACACCUCAUCAAGACAAUUUCACAGAGUUACUUCUUCCUUUCUUUCAAAACACUGACGUGACGUAAAUUUUACCAUGAAUUUUACACAAUAUCCACUCUUAGGAAAAACAUUCGAGGUUUUGUUAGGAGCCUCAGAAGGGCAAAUAAUCAUCGAGGUUGUUUGGAAAUCUCUUGGGGCCAAUUUGCUGGUAGAACUUCUGGAGGACCAACGCCACUUUCAAGCUGCCAAAAUGACUGAAUUGCUUGACGACAAAUCUCUGAAAUGAAGACUAACGGACGUUCAUUUGGAGCGCCUCCGUCGCUGUGAACCUUCCUGAAGUUUGAUUAUAUUAAAAAAAAAAACCUUUGCAGUUUUACAUGAUCAAAAUUACCUCCAGGAACUUAACGACAGACAAGUAUACUGAGGAAGCCUUCGGGAAUUUUAAAGCUGUGUGCUUGCGUUCUAUAAUGUUUGGGAGAAUUGCUGGACAAUUCGGGUAUUUAGAAGUCACUGAGUGGGUCCUGCAACUGUUUUCGUUCCUUGAUUAACUCCCAUUUUAUGGUAGUGACUUGACAGUAUUGCAAUAGGCCCAUUAGAAGUAUGUGACAAUAACCCGGAGUGUACUAUAUCUCAGCCUACUGGAAAGAGCAUAUGAUCUUGACAGCUAUGAACUGAUAAAAAAAAAAAAAGCUCGUAUAUUUCACAAAAAGUUGAAAACUUCUCUUCCUAAAGGUUCAUUCAUUCCUGUAUUAGACUGCCUAUCAAAUCUGUUAAUUCUAAUGAAACUGUCACGGAUUAAAAUAAAGUUACUUUGAGUUUCGAAUUAUUUGCAAUUUCUCUGUAAGUGCUGACGGGAAAAUUGAGUUCCUCACUCAGAUCCGUUGUCCUUACUAAACAAGCACUCAAUAUUAAAUGGGGUCAUGCAAUUGAUCGAGCAAACUCAAGUCAGUGGAAGAAGGGAAAAUCUGUACAAAUAGAAAUAAUCAAUUUUAUUCCCAUGAACGAUCCAUUGAACACAGCAUUAGUUAACCAGUGGUAUUCAGUUUUACUCUCCAAUUUCUCUUCUUCAUUAUCAGUUCCUAUACCAGAAUCUUCCAUUUCUUUGACGUGUCUGCCAGAGGCCUCAAGUCUUCGUUUAUUUCUCCUUUUUGGUUUACUUAAAACUGACGGCUUAGCAUUUGCAAUACAGAAGGAAAAGAGGUGUUAUUUCAUUCAGAAGUCCAUGCUCAUUGUGCAAAAUAACACCAGGUUUAUUACAAUGCAGGACGUAAUUUGUAUUAUUUUGUAUUGCCUUUCAUUCCAUUCAUAUGUAAAAGUUGCUCUCUGAUCGUCCGAACAACCAGCAAAGUCGACUCGUCGGGAAAAACUUAGACUGGUACUCGAACAGAUGCUGCUUUGUGCUUCUUUGUGGACUGAUUAGCUGAGUCUAACGUCCUUUGUUCACUUGUACUUGGGUUCCGAGUUGUCGCCCCUGAACCAGGUAAAGUUAUGUCAAGAAUAUAUUUCUUUACUGGAUGCUAAUCUACUCAAAUAAUUGUCCUUUUUCGGAGAAGACUUGCUGCCUGUGUUUGGACGAUUCAUAGAGAGAGAAGAUUGUUGAGAAAUGACUUUGGUAAUCCCAUAAACAGCUUAAUUGCGAGUCUAAAUCCGGAGCGCGGGCAAACUUUCAGCUUUAGAAGAGUCUGGAGAAGGUGCCAGUUAACUGGGUUUAUAAUAAAGCCGAAGCAAACGUUCGCAGCAACAAUAAUCAAACAUACAUCCAUACAGCUAAUGUCAAAUAGGUAUUAACCAUUCCAGCUGAAAUAAAGCUGAGAGUUUUAUUUUAGGUCCCCUGUCUCCGGUAAAUUGUGCGCCACUCGCCGCGCUGUUUUUCAAAGCCCCUCCGGUCGACAUUGACGUGUUGUUUCGUGACCAUAGUAUUGUCAGUAUGCGGCGUCAUUUGUUUACUCCUGAAUCAUAGCUCCGUUCUGGGUCUCUUCACGGGUCUGUAGAAACAGCGUAUGGGUGUUCCACUAGGCGUGUCUGCCGUCCCUACUGAUUUGCAAAAUCACUUCAAUCCUCUGGAUUCCACUUAAAGUAAGACGAAAAAGUUUCCUUUCUCAAAAAUUCAAAAGUCGAUGAAGCAGUCUUUGCUCUGCCGCUCUCUUGCCACGGAUUGAGUUCCUCUUCCCUUCGUCACUCGCCCCCCUCAAAAAAUUUUCAUCUCGCAGUCAGUGGCGCCGAUACUCACUCUACGUAGAACCACCCACACGGCUGUCCAUCAAUAACCUACAUAUUAGGCUUCUAAAUAUGCUGUUGUUGACAGGCGUCUAUUUAAAAAACAUAAAAAAAGAAAAAAAAAGCAUUUCGUUAACCACAACGCUACGGCGGACCGCCGCGAAUCGAGAUGGUCGCCCGGUACUUAGUCGUGUUUUCGUGAAGUGUGCAACACUUACUCCAAUCGGCGUUAGGUCAUUUGUUGUCAUUGUAAAUUAACCGACCACAGCCGAUCGCUGCGACCGAUGUGAGGGUUGUGGAUGACAUACUGGACUGUUAACGUUUAGGUUUAAAGACUGAUUAUUUAUUUGGAUAUGAAGACUUAGCCAUGUUGAGCGAUCGCUAUUUGUUAAAAGGAAAAUAAAAAGAGAGAGAGAGAGUUCUUCAUAUAACUAGUUAUAUACAAUAGGUUUAAAAAACAGAUAACAAAAAAAUGAGAUGAUUAAAUAUGAGCAGCAUAUAUUAUACAAUUUCUUAAACUGGCAAUCAAUUUCACUAAUAUAGAUUUUGGAUUUUUCUACCGCAAAGGGAAUUAGUCAAUUUUAAUAGUACGGUUCUAGUGAUAAUAAUGAUACUAAUAAUGGUAAUAUAACGAUGCUAAUGAUGCUGAUCCUGUCAAAGGGAGCCCGGUGCAAAUUGCUCCCCCUGUCUAUCUAUCAUUCUCUUUCUUACGACGACGAACCACUUUCAAACGAGGUCGGAAGAAAAACAUACUACCUUUUUUUAAAGUAAAAAUAUAUAUAAAAGAUAAAAUGAACUCGUAGUGCAAACCAGUGCACCUGUGAAACGGUCAAGGGUAUUAACUUAUAUCCGGGUUUCAGAUAUUUUUUCAUCAUUGAAUACAAUAUGUAUAGACUGUAUAAAUAAACCUUACAUAUAUGCUGUAUACCUAAGUGAAAGAAAAAAAAAAUCAAGUAUAUAGUAUAGGGUUCUGUUCGAUAGACAGCUCAAAAUAAACCAUUAUUAUUAUUCCCCUCCUUUAUACCUUCUAAGAGAAAGACAAGAAUACUACUCUUUUCAAAAUACGACACCAAUAGAUGUAGAUUGUUAAAAGAAAUAACUUCUUUUUAUAUCUUUCCCUCUAUUUUAAAGAAACCAUUUUCCAUUUAUUCUUUCCAACGGCAAUUCUCAAUGCACACAAAAGCAAUGGAUGCAAGUUGGUACGACAGGAAGAAAGAAGAGAGAGAGAAAAAAAAUAUAUAUAGUAAAAGUGAAUUGGUGGAAAUGCCGUCAGCAGCCGUUAGAGAAAUACAGUGAGAUUAGUUAUGGUAACAUUUCGAUUUCUUUUAAAAUAGAUUACACUAUAAUCAAAAGAGAAUAGUUAACACAGGGGUGAUCUUUGUAAAUGGAUCCGAUGGGACAUCGAUAGGAAACCAGAUGAUAAUCGUGGGAAGAGGUAAAAAUGUCGAGAAGAUUAGAAUAAUGUAAUGGUUAAGGGAAUAUAUGCCAAUCAUGUAGUACUAUACCAGGGCCACCUGAUUUCAUAACGAUAAUUUAAAAACGCCUGUGGUUUUGGUCAUUGCUGGUGUUGAUAAAUCUAAAACGAAGCACCUGUUACACCCGUGUUUGCUCAUUGUUGGUGAUGACAUGUAAAACAUCUGUCUCACCACCGCUAACAGUUUCUUAUAGAGCUAAUCCUUAUCUGUACAAACAAGGGUAGAAAUUAUUGGGAAAAACUUCUACAGUUUUAAUACCGUUUCAUACAGCACGCAGUGUAUAUAUA